GUCUAACAAGGUACGUGCUGUGAGCACUAUCUAUAUAUUGUUUAACUCAUACUCAUAGUUUUUCACGUCUUUCAACACUCCCCUAGUUAAAACAUGUGGAUCAACAACAAAUCACUAGCACUGUCUCUGUUUCUCGCCACCCUGCUGUUUUCUUGUGCCUCCUCUGUAUCCGAUGAAAAGUUGGUGAGAAUUGGAUUGAAGAAGAAGAAAUUUGACCAAGAUGAUCGCUUUGCUGCUCGGCUUGAGUCUAAAAGUGCAGAGGCUAUGAGAAGGUAUGGCCUCCGUGGUAACCUUGAGGAUACUGACAUUGUUGCACUCAAGAAUUAUAUGGAUGCUCAGUACUAUGGUGAGAUUGGCGUCGGCACUCCUCCUCAGAAAUUCACUGUCAUUUUUGACACUGGUAGCUCCAAUUUAUGGGUGCCAUCGUCCAAGUGCUACACGUCUGUUGCUUGUUACUUCCAUUCCAAGUACAAGUCGAGCCAAUCAAGCACCUACAAGAAUAAUGGAACAUCCGCUGAAAUUCACUACGGCAGUGGAGCUAUUGCUGGUUUCUUUAGUUCUGACAGUGUUGAAGUUGGCAGCUUGGUUGUAAAAGAUCAGGAUUUUAUUGAGGCAACCAAGGAGCCUGGUGUCACAUUUAUGGUGGCUAAGUUCGAUGGCAUCUUAGGGCUUGGCUUUCAAGAAAUUUCAGUUGGAAACGCUGUGCCAGUAUGGUACAAUAUGAUUAGUCAGGGGCUGAUCAAGGAACCAGCAUUUUCAUUUUGGCUUAACCGCAAGACGGAAGAGGAGGAGGGUGGCGAGAUUGUGUUUGGUGGGGUUGAUCCAAGUCAUUUCAAGGGCAAGCACACAUAUGUUCCUGUGCAACAGAAAGGAUAUUGGCAGUUUAAAAUGGGUGAUGUUCUCAUUGGUGGUAAACCAACUGAAUAUUGUGCUGGAGGCUGCUCGGCAAUUGCAGACUCUGGAACUUCCCUGUUGGCUGGCCCAACGACCAUAAUUACUUCGAUAAAUAAAGCUAUUGGAGCCGCUGGAAUAGUUAACCAGGAAUGCAAGAAUGUUGUUGCCCAAUAUGGACAAACCAUCAUGGAUUUGCUCAUAGCUCAGGCUCAACCAAAGAAAAUCUGUUCACAGAUUGGACUGUGCACAUUUGAUGGAACUCGCGGAGUUAGCAUGGGCAUUCAGAGUGUGGUGAAUGAGAGGAAUGACAAGUCAUCUGGUGGUGUUAAUGAUGCGAUGUGCUCUGCGUGUGAGAUGACAGUUGUUUGGAUGCAGAGCCAGUUAAGGCAGAAUCAAACGCAAGAUUAUGUAUUGAACUAUGUGAACGAGCUAUGUGAUCGAAUCCCAAAUCCAGUGGGACAAUCAGCUGUUGAUUGUGGAAGUAUCUCAUCAAUGCCUACCAUUUCCUUCACUAUAGGAGGACAAGUUUUUGAUCUUUCUCCAAAGGAGUAUAUACUGAAGAUAGGUGAAGGUUCGCAGGCUCAGUGCAUCAGUGGCUUUACCGCAUUGGAUGUACCUCCUCCUCGUGGACCUCUAUGGAUAUUGGGAGAUAUUUUCAUGGGACGGUACCACACAGUCUUCGACUAUGGAAAUCUGAGAGUUGGAUUUGCAGAGGCAGCAUAAGGGGUGUUUAAAAUGCUUCAUUUCUUGUAAUUAAUAUAGUAUGCAUCAAUGAUGGAAUUAGUGUUGAAUUAUAGUGUGUUGGCCUAAGCUUAAAAUAAAAUGUUUGGUUGUAAAAUUAGUGUGUUGUCAAUUUUAUCAAAUUUUAAUUCGUUAUAGAUA